AAGGCAGUAUAGAACGUGAUUGCAUGCCGUGCGCAUGCGACGAAGCGGCACCGUAUCAUAUCUACUCGUAUAACAUCUCUCACAGCGCCGCGCGACUCUCACGCACGCGUCCGCGAUCACUCGCAACCCACCCCACUUGUAUAUGUUACGUACUGGACGUUCGCUGUCCACCUUCGGGUAGUGUAUGUGCUCAAACAACUCAAUACUAUAAAGGAACCGUACUGUACAGCUGACAGAGACGCCCCCAGACGAAAAUAGCUGGGCAGGCCGCAUAGAAAGUAGUUUACUCCGUUCAUUAUAAGAAUACAUAAUGGCAUUGGUGCUUCAAUAUAUAAAUAAUAUUCAUGAUUACAUGAACAAACAUGGAGAUCCUCGCACAAAUUCAUGGUUCCUGAUGAGUUCACCAUUUCCUACAUUAUUAAUAUGCUUAAGUUAUGUUUAUCUAGUCAAGGUAUUAGGGCCACGGUUUAUGGAAAACAGAAAACCUUUUGACCUCCAAAAAGUUUUAAUAUGGUACAAUUUUCUACAAGUGCUGUUUAGUGCCUGGCUCUUCUAUGAGAUCGGGGCCGCAGGCUGGUUCACAGGCAGGUAUAACUUUCACUGUCAGCCGGUCGACCACUCCAAACAUCCACAAACAAUGAGGAUGGUACAUGCAUGUUGGUGGUACUACUUUUCAAAGUUCACAGAAUUUUUUGAUACAAUCUUCUUUGUGCUAAGAAAGAAAUUUGAUCACGUAUCUACACUACACGUAAUCCACCACGGAGUGAUGCCAAUGUCGGUCUGGUUCGGUGUGAAGUUCACUCCGGGCGGUCACUCCACAUUCUUCGGGUUGUUGAACACGUUUGUGCACAUCGUCAUGUACUCCUACUAUCUGCUCUCGGCGCUCGGGCCGCAAAUGAGGAAGUACUUGUGGUGGAAGAAAUAUUUGACAACAUUGCAAAUGGCCCAAUUUGUUGGUAUCAUGGUGCAUGCAUUCCAACUGUUAUUCAUUGAGUGUGACUACCCACGAGCCUUCGUCUGGUGGAUCGGCAUGCACGCUGUUAUGUUCUUCUUCCUCUUCAAAGACUUCUACAAUCAGUCAUAUUCCAAACCAAAGGUCCGCGCGAAAUCGCCACAGCCCGUGACGACGGAUAUCAGCGACGCACAAGAGAUAACGUACAAGAACGGUUCUAUAAAGAAUGGCUACACCAACGGCCACGGGCACACCAACGGACUCGUACGGACGCGAACCGUCCUUCCCGCGGGCAACUGACAUCUGACCGCAGACCGCGCCACGUGACGACAUUCUAGCAUUCCGUACUCUGUGAUGACGUCACGCGACAACGUAGACUCGCGUGCUUCUCAUGCGCAGUGACUUAUUUAGUUUGUGGACAUUCUCUAGUGCUACAUGUUGAUUCUAAGUGCCACAUACAAAUCAGGGUGAAGGUGAAAGCUUUAAUGUGGCAUAACCUUUAUCUAGACCCUAAACCAUCAGAUGUAUGUUUAAGAAUUCCAAGCGAAGACAUUACAAUACUUUGUGAUGUCUGUUUGGCAGCAAACUGGAGUUAUACAUAUUUUAUAGAUUCUUUGUAAACAACUGACUACUUGUAGAAAAUUUAUGAUAGCCCAAUCAAAAAUUUUUAUAACUCCAACGUUUAGAUCGACCCUCACCAAGCGACCACUCAGCGAAUCAAACUCAUGUACGAAUCAUGUCAUCUAUCCGAUGUAAAAAGAGGUGGUAUGGUGUAUAUUUUAUUUUUAAUGAUACAAAAUGUAGCUAUUUUGUGAUCGCAUAGCGUUUUGUACUUUUAAUACAGUGUGCGCUUUUAGGGAAUAGUACCUUGAGGGAUGUGUGUUUGUAUAUAAUUGUAUGAUAAUAUUAACUAUGUACGUAUAUUUAUUUCCGAAAUGAUCAACUGCAAUGAAACAAUAGUAUUUUGGGGUCUUUUAUUUAUUUAAUAAAAAUCGGCCCUUAUGUUUUAUAAACAAGAUCAAAUGUUUUAUUAAUAAUAAUAAUUAAAAGGUAUAUUUGGUUCAAAAAGUUUACAGAAAUCUUAAUAACAAUGUGGAAUUUAAAGAACCAAUGUGGUGUCUAGUCAGCAUUAUGUUGGGAACUUCUCAACGCUGGUAUUCUCUAGACACCGAUAUCUUCAUUUCUUUACACUCACUGCAAAUAACUAAAAAAUACAAAAUUUUGUAUGUUUUUAUUAUAUACUACUAGUUAAUCAUUUACAUGGUUUUAUUGUUAAUUGUAAUAAAAUUUAACAAAACUGUUUUGCAGUGAUCCCUCAUUUACCACCAUAGCUAUUGUUAUAAAAAUAUAGGUUUGUUAACUAAUAAUGUAUUCUUAUUCUGCUUAAUCUGUUAUGUAAUAAUCUCGUUUUAAGUAAAUCAAAUUUAUGGGCGAGAUUAAAAUGUCUAUAGAACAUCGACAAACUGGUUUGUUUAGUAAUAUUAAUAUUUAGUACCAGAUAACAUUAUUCAAGUUUGAUAAUUCCAAAUUACUUAAUACAUGGAAAGUAUAAGUUAUUUCAAGUUGAAAAGUGUUUACCGAAUACAACAACGAAUAAAUGUGUCUCAACAAUAGUUUAAAUUAAGCGCACAGAAUCUUAACAUUAACGAUGCCAGUUUUAUGUAAUUCAGUCUGUAUUUUGUGCGUUCUAACAGUAUUUUAAUAUCUGAUUUUAUUAUAAUUUUAUUUAUUGCAAUGCAAUAAAGGUUAUACCUUUAUAAUGACACUGAGGUUGUGUUUGCUUAUUAAUUUAUGGUUUAUUUAAUACCAAAUAUAAAUAUGAAAAUAUCUCAAUUACUGCAAAUUUAGAAUUAAUUUCGUGUUAUUACCAUAAAUGGUACAAAAUUAUUUAGUCAAUUUAGUUAUCUUAAAUGAAUAAGUUGUAUAAUAAAAGACAAGUUUGCAGGAUGAAUUCGCUCCGGCACAAGGUCACUAGCCUCGUUUGGUGCACUUGUCCCAAUUAUAGCAAUAUCAGAAUUAUUAUAGAGAACGGGUUUCGAGCAAUAACAAUAAUAUUAGAGUCGUGAUUUAGUCUUCCGUUUUGUUUUGUACUUAUCAGAAUUAAGGUGCUCCUCUAGCCUGUACAACACAGCAGCUUUUACAAGCAGCAAAACUUAUUGCUCGCGAUUUGUAAAUAAAAAUCUCCUUCUAUAGUGAUAUUUAAUGAAAUUGGUUUAUUGUAAUAUUGCAAUUUUUAUACAAAAAGGCAAAUAAAGUAAGGGUAAAGAUCUUA